CUCGGUCCACCGGCCUUGAUAUUAGACCACUCCCAAGGUAAAGACGAUAAGCAUGAAGUGCAUUCUACCGCUCGUAUCCGUCCUAAGCGUGGCGAUCGUUGCUGUCGUUGCGAUACCGGCCAGCUUCCAUUACGGUGGCGGCGGUGGUUAUAACAUCAAUGGAACGGGACAAAGCUUCAACUUCUCGGGCGAUAGCAACGGUACUGUGCCCUUCCCCGAUUUUGGCCGUUUCCUACCGAACCUAACACAACCGUCGGGUGGAUUUGGAUUGCCGCCGUUUAACCUACCGUCAUCGUGGGCCAACUUUACCGAUAGCAUUUCGUCCAUCUUUCCGGGAUUGGGCGGAGGUUUCUUUGGCAAUGGACAGGGUGGUGGUGGUGGUGGUUUCCCAUUUUUCGGUUAAUGUGAAUUGAAAGGGAAGAAGAAAACAAGAAUAAAAUCUAUUUAGUAGCAGAACAAUUUGUUUCAUGAU